UCAACAGCACAGAGAUCCAAACAUGGCUCCUACAAUCACUGCAGCGAUCACCAACUCUCAGGACCUUCUCUCUCUCAACCACAAGAUCAGAAAACCUCUGGUGGAGAAGCUGCGCAGAGAGAGAAUCAACAGCAGCAUCGAGCAGCUCAAGUCUCUCCUGGGUCCAGACUUCCUCAAACAGCAGCCAGACUCCAAGCUGGAGAAAGCAGACAUCCUGGAGAUGACAGUUUGCUUCCUGACACAGCUGCAGCAGCAGAACCAGCAGCACAGGAAACUGAUCAAGCACUUCAACAAGCUGCAGUCGUCCUCUGAUCUCAACCUGAGAGAGGCUGACUUCUCUCCUCUGAGCUCCACAGUCCAGACCAGCAGCACCAAAGACAAGAGUCUAUCCAGCAGCGCCCUCUGGAGGCCCUGGUAGACACCUACACACUGAAGAUGCUGCAGACAAACUCACCAGACCAUAUUGGUCAAAGAU